AUGGGCAAAGAACGGCCUCUGCUCGGGGUGACCAAGAAGAAAGUCUCCGAAGACAAGGUCUCCAAAUACGAGAGCAGGCACAAGAAACACAAGCGGCACAAUGUCAAGCACGAAGAUGGCGAUGACGAGAGUUCAAAGGAUCCCAUUGAGCAGGAAGGUGGCGUGUCUCUCUUCCAGCAUGAGGAUGAGAAGGCUGCCAGCGACGAGCCUCUCGCCAAGGAAGAGAAGAAGCGGCGCAAGAAGGAAAAGCGGCUCCGCGAAGAGGCGCUCAAACAGCUGAUGGACCAGGAGCUGGGUCCCUCGCCGACUGCGUCUGGCCUCCACGUAGAGGCUGGCGCGGAGCGAAAGGGCAAGAAGAAACACGACAAACGGUCAGCGCAACAAGCACAGCAGUCGGAGGAGGCUGAGGAAGCUGGAGUGACUUCGACGGAAGCCCACGAGCCGGCCGAUGGUGAAGACGUCUUCAUGGUUGACGUCAGACCCACGCCGGCCAACCGGGAGAAAUUACGUGCUCAGUCCGAGGACGAGGACAUGGAGGAUGGAGGUGCUCUCCUGCCUGAGAUGCAGCCGGGAUACACUGCACCGCCCUCGGGGAAGAACCGAGUGAUCAGGCGCCGUUCACAACUGAUCGACCGGGAGAGGGCACGGAUUCAAAAGAAGCUGGGUGCCAAGGAGGGCUCUGCCGAGAAUGCACAGAAGGUGCAGCAGCUGCUCAACGAGUUCAUCAAGACUUACGACGCAAAGGCCGAGCAGCGAGAGGUCAGAAAGAACGAGCGCAAGCGGAGGGAAUCCGUACGUCUCCGCUGCAGGAGAGGCAAGGCCCCGGGGUCGCGCAACUAG